GCAGGCGCGCGCGCCCUUCCGCGCAUGAGCACUGCUGCUCCGAGCCCGCCCGCCACGGUCUCCGGCGCCAGCUACGCCGCUGCCGCUGUCACUAUGGCCCAUUACAAAGCCGCCGACUCGAAGCGCGAGCAGUUCCGGAGGUACUUGGAGAAGUCGGGGGUGCUGGACACACUGACCAAGGUUUUGGUAGCCUUAUAUGAAGAACCAGAGAAACCUAAUAGUGCUUUGGAUUUUUUAAAGCAUCACUUAGGAGCUGCUACCCCAGAAAAUCCAGAAAUAGAGCUGCUUCGCCUAGAAUUGGCAGAAAUGAAAGAGAAAUAUGAAGCUAUUGUAGAAGAAAAUAAAAAACUGAAAACAAAGCUUGCUCAGUAUGAACCACCUCAGGAGGAGAAGCGUGCUGAAUAGGAUUCUUCUCAGUUGAAAAGACACUGAAAAAUGGUUUUGUAUGACUUGAAUAGUUUGUAUAGUAUAUAAUCUUUUCUGAACAGAUGCUAUAGCACUCUUUUAAUAUGUUAAAUUCACCUAUCACACUCUUUAACUGUUAUAAACACAUAUACUUAGAAUCACCAAUAAAAACUCAAUAUAACUU